AAGCCGUGAAUACCAACCAGAAAAAAAAGUGACGAUAACAGAGAAUUGAAAUUCAUUAAGUCGUAAAACCCAACCCAAAGUGCGGCAUUUGCAACUUACAUAGCUGCCGUAUAUAUAUAUAUGUAUGUAUUGAGUUUACUGUGUAUUUUGUUUACUUAAGCAGAUAUUUACAUGAUAUCGUACUCACCAUUUGCUUGAGUGAGUGAGGCGAGAAAGCAAGCGAUAGCUAGACGAAGAAUAGCGUUUAAGCAGUCACUGCGAUGGCCUCCGAUAGCAUGGACAGAGAAAUUAUUCUUGCUGACUUUCAGGCUUGCACUGGCAUUGACAACAUUGCAGAGGCAAUCACGCUCUUAGAACUCAAUAAUUGGGAUUUAGUGGCAGCCAUCAAUGGUGUGAUGCCACAAGAGAAUGGGAUCUUGCAAAGCGAGGCGUCCCAGGCCAACAUCUAUGGGCCUCACAGCCAAGCAGCAACAGCAGAGGCAGCAGUGGCCCCACCAGCCACCUCAUCGUCUUCCUCCUCUCCGCCGUCCUCCUCCUCAGCCUUCUGCCCUGUCCUCCCCUCUCGACACAUUGUGGAGCGGCAGCCGCGCAUGCUCAACUUCCGGGUGGAGUACCGCCAGCGCACUGUGGAAGUGGUCGUGGAGGAGGGCAGUGCAGUUGGGGAAAUCAAACAUAUUCUUGAGACAGAGCUUCAGGUCCCCAUAUCAAAAAUGCAGUUAAAGGGUUGGAAAAGUGGAGACGUAUCUGACAUUACGGUUCUACGAAGUUUACACUUGCCCAAGAACAACAGCCUGUAUGUGCUGACCCCAGAUAUCGCCCCCACUGCCAGCACCAGCCAAAACAGCGUUCUUCAGGAGUCAUUAAAUCAGAACUUCCUGCUUGUCAUCAGCCACCGUGAAGCCCAGAGAGACUACAACCUCAACUUCCCUGGCAGCAGAACCAUACAGGAGGUGAAAAGGAAUGUUUCAGACCUGACAAACAUCCCAGUGCGACACCAACAAUGGGAGGGCUGGCCUGCUGCAGCAUCUGACGAUUCGAUGACACUAGCUGCCUCUGGAAUCAGCUACCCCUGCCAUCACCUCAGUGUGUGUCGAAGGUCCUCACCAGCCAACAACCAGGAGGCCACAGAAGAGUGCGCAGAUGUCCACAUGGUAAGCGACAGCGAGGGGGAUGACUUUGAGGAUGCGUCUGAAUUUGGAGUGGACGAAUCAGAGAUGUUCGGUAUGGGGUCUUCUACAGGCUGUCGGAAAGCUGCCUUGAUGCCAGAGAAUAGUGAGAAUGAAAGUGAUGCCUUACUGCACUUUACUGCUGAAUUUUCAACAAGGUACGUAUUAAGUAUUGUUUUAAGGGGCCUGUGCUUCUCAAUGAUGUGGAAGAUCCUUGCAUUCUUUUUUACGGGUCAAUCUCCUUUGUGUGUGUGUUGCAGGUAUGGAGAAUGUCAUCCAGUGUUCUUCAUUGGUACUUUGGAGGCAGCAUCUCAAGAGGCCUUCUAUGGCAAAGCCAGAGAUAGAAAACUGCUAGCCAUCUACCUCCACAAUGACGAGAGUGUGCUCAGCAACGUCUUCUGCUCCCAGAUGAUGUGUGCAGACUCCAUAGUGGCCUAUCUGAGCCAAAACUUCAUCACAUGGGCAUGGGAUGUCACUAAAGAAGCUAACAAAGCCAGACUACUCACCAUUUGCACGAGGCAUUUUGGCAGUGUGGUGGCACAGACGAUUCGGACAUACAAGACCGAUCAGUUCCCCCUGCUCCUUACUGUCAUGGGAAAGAGGACAUCAAAUGAAGUUUUAAAUGUUAUUCAAGGCAAUACAACAGUGGAUGAGUUGAUGAUGAGGCUAAUGGGUGCGAUGGAAAUCUUCUCAGCUCAGCAGCAAGAGGACAUCAAGGAUGAGGAUGAACGUGAAGCCAGGGAAAUGGUGAAGAGGGAGCAGGAUGAGGCAUACCAACUGUCAUUAGAGGCUGACCGUAAAAAGAGAGAAGCACAGGAGAGAGAGCAGGCAGAACAGCUUCGCCUGCAACAGAUCCAGAAAGAAGCAGAUGAUGAGAAAGAGGCCAUCCGUCUCUCAUUGGAACAUGCCCUGCCGCCAGAGCCUGCGGAGGAGGGAGGCGAGCCAAUUAGCAAGCUGCGUAUACGAACUCCCAGUGGUGAGUUUCUGGUGCGACGCUUCCUGGGCAGCACCAAGCUGCAGGUCCUCUUUGACUUUGUGGCCUCCAAGGGCUACCCCUGGGAUGACUUCAAACUGCUCACUACCUUCCCCCGCAGAAACAUCACCCAGCUAGACCCAGCCUCGUCUUUACUGGAGGCCAAGCUUUUCCCGCAGGAGACCCUGUUCCUGGAAGCUAAAGAGUAGGACAGCCUGGCCAUGUGGUGGUGGGACUGGCUGGAAGAGUAGUGAAGAGUUCUAGCAUGGUUUUAGUGGGUCUACAGAGACAGACCACCCUCUCACAUGGAGGUGAACUCUCAAACACACACAAUACACAACAUAUACAGUACACUAUUCACACUCACAAAACCCCCGCGUAAGCGUCCCUGCUCUCGGCCUGUGCAUCGUACAUGAAUGCCUAGUGUACACGUAUGCACAGAGAAGCUACCACAAGCACACAGCCAAACACACUCGCCCCUCACUUAAUUGCAGUGUCAUGGUUUUCUCUGUCCACACUUACAGUAUGAUAAAGGAUAUUAAUAAGACACUUUUGAGUAGAAGAACAGCAUCACGGACAAGGACUUCCCACUACAGUACAGCUGCUUUUUUUUUUUUUUCAUGUUUUGUUUGAAUAAGAUAAGCAAGGAGACAUUUCCUGGAGAACGCUGGACUAUCUAAUCUCCACCUGCAAUUGGUCGUACCCCCAUUGCUCCCUCCUGCUCCUUCAUGCACCCAACCAGGAAUGGACCCCUUCCUACCCCCUUCCCACCCGCAGCCAGAGAGGCUCAAUGUUCCUGAUCUGCACCCCUCCUGCUCUGCUCCGACCAGUCUGGUUUUAAUUUCAAAAUGCUCCACAACCAACUGUUACUACUUUAUUUUUCUUGAUCCUUUUUAAGUUUGAUGCUGUAUUAGUUUUAGUUUGAUAUACAUUAUAUAAAAUAUAUAUGAACAUGCAUCCGUCUGAGCCAGCACUCUCUUGAAACGCGCGCACACACACAUACACGUCAUAUGAAUUUUGUAUUAUUGUGGCCUUUUGUGAUUUUUUUUUUUCAUUUUUUUUUUUUCUAAUUUAAGUGGUAUCGUUAAUACAGAUUUGACCGUGAGUGUUUUGAGCUGUAGUGGAGAGAUUGGUAGGCUAUUCAUUUUGUAAAUCUGACUUGGAACAUUUAGUAUUUUAAGUGGCUAUUAGGUUUUAUUUAAAUUUGGUUUAUUCCUUAAUUGUCACCUUCUAAGUCAUUAUUUCAGGGUUUCUGUCAUUGAAACCUCAGCAAACUUUCUACAAAACAUUAAAGCUAUUAUAUUAUUUAAA